AUGGCGCCAGCUACCGUCUCGACGCCGCAGAAGCGCAAAGCUUCACUCUCGCACGCCUCGGCCUCGGCUAAGCGUACCCGCUCCGUCUCGAUAUCCGUCAAGGUCACCCACACGGCCACCGAUGAUGGCCCCGGCAGCCCAGAUCUUCCUGUCGUACUCAAAAACCCACAAGCGUGUCUUGGUGGUAUACCGGAAGAGCUUCUACUGAAGAUCAUGGAGCAUGUGAAGGAAGUCGGCCGUGACGGCGCACUCUCGAAGCUGUGUCGUACAGAUAAGCUCUGCAAGCGAAUCGCGGAGGUGGUGAUGUACAAGACCUUACGCGCCGUGAGCUCUACCAGGCACUACAAAAAGGCGGCGGCGAUUGCCAGCAACCAUCUCCUCUCCAGGCACAUCCGCGAAAUCAGUAUCUUCUUCGGCGGGAAGCCCGUCAACAAGGAUGCAUGCAACAAGAUCUUGGCCAACGCUCACGACAUCCAAGCGUUCAACGUGACGGAGACAUAUGACCGGCCCGAGGAUACACCGAAAUGGUUGCAGAUGUUGAACAGCGCUGUUGCGCGACCCGUCGGUGGUCAUGUCAAUCGAUUUGCUAAGCUCAAGGAGCUCAAUAUUGCUUCCCGCCACCUCUCAGUGGAGGAGCUUUCCUGUGUGUUCCGUCUUCCCUCCCUCGAAACGCUUAUCCUCUGGGAGAUAUGUCAAACAACACCUGUUGAGAACUGGUCGGUCCCCGAGUCGAGUAGCUCAAUCCGGAAACUUCACCUGGUUCAUGCAAUGAUGGACAUUUCUGUUGUCGCACAAAUGCUCCUCACGCUCAAGGCCCUCCACAGCUUUCGAUACCACCGCAGUACCGGGAGACCUGGUGUAUCCUAA